AAUUUGUGAACUCAUUACCAAUGCAUGCUAUCCUGUUACAUUCAGCCAAGCAGAACUAAGUAGGACAGCUUGUUAUUGAAAAUGGACGCAUCUAUCCCAGUAUUUGAGAAGCCCCACCCUCGUAUUAGUGUUCUAGACUGGACUAGGAACAUUCAGAGACUACAAAAUGAAGCUAGGUUGAGACGUUUCGAAUCUUACGAACUUAGGCAACGAGCGAACCAACUACGAAAUGAAACUUCAGUUACUACACGUUGGGAUAAUUAUGUUAACAAUGAGUUAAUGAGAGACAGAAUUUUCGAAGUAGACUCAUGGCGUGAAAAGCAAAGGUUCACACGGGAACAAGUGAGAGAUGAAAUCAGGGCUUUGAAAGAAGAGAAAAAUGCAACAGAAUUACACCUUGAAUCACUACAAAUUCCUUUGAUGGUAGUGUCGCAAUGUCUGUCCAAUAGAGACCAGAGGGUUCCACCUGAGUUGACGAGGGACCAGCUUGGAGAAGAAUUGAGGAAGGAACUACACAUAAUCGAAAACAGCAAACGAGUGCUAACCGACGUGUGUCACAUGGGCUGGCAGAAGAUCAAGGAUCUGACGAAUGUCUUCUGCAGACUAGAGCGGGAGAUUCAGAAUAAGGACGACUGUCUCACUCUGGAGUAUCAUGUGAAGGAGUUGAAUAGAGAGAGCUCCGAGAUAUCUUAUAAGGUGGACCCAACGAGAAUUCCGCCUGACUCAAUGACAGAAGAAAGUUACGUCCACUGCAUAGAGAACACAAUAAAUAUUGCGGAACAGCUCAUGCGAGAAUCCAAGGAGCUACGGGAAACUAUGUUCAGGAGCAGGGAACAAGCCAGGAAUCAGAUGUAUGCCCAAAGUCAACAGGUGGAGAUGAUUGUCCGAAGACGGGUGUACGAUAUACAGAGGGCGAGGAAUGAGAUGGAGUGGCAGAAAUAUAAGCUGGAAGCGAAUAUGCAAAAAGUGGAUCGUGAGAUUGAGUCUCUUCGUGCAGCGGUGGCGGACAAAAUAAACCCCACGAAACUAGUAGAGACUCGAUUGGAGACACGGACUAGAAGACCAGUCCUUGAAAGAGUGCAGGAUAAGCCCAUGCGUGGUCUGAUAGAAGAAUACGAAAGAGUUCAUACCAGUUCUAAUAUGCUUGAGAAAAAGCUCCAAGAAGCUUUGUCAACAUAUCACGGCAUGUACAACCAUCAUCAGCGAGUUAAGAAAGACUUGGAGUAUAAGAAUCAGGCGUUGGAAACUGAUCGCCGUUUGAUAGAGAUCCGUAAGCCUCUGCACAAGGAAGAUGAUACAGAGUUCAAGAGAAAUGUUGGGUACUGCCACAUGGCUGAUGAACUUGUGACCGAUUAGUCGGAUCUGUUACUAAGUAACUAAUAAGUUCUCAAAAGUGUUGUCUUACUAAUUUAAUUAAUAAGUAACUAGGUAGGUAUUAUGUUAAAAAUACGAAGUAUCAACACCGUUUUACCGCACUAUAUGGAAGUUACCUUGAACGACACUAACAGCGCCCUUAUUAACUUCGUACUAUUUUUGAUUGCAUUGCAUUUUAUUUAUCCUUUCGCUAUUAAAAAGUAAAUUAUUAAUAGUUCAAUAACAUACGACCUAAGUAAGUAUAGUAUGGCUAACGCAAGUAACCUAGACUAGAAAAACUUGGUAAAUUAAAAAAAUAUCAGCAUGGCAACCCCAAAAGUAAUUUUCAAAAUUAUUCGAAACCGUGCAAUCAUAAACUAGGGUAGGGGAAUUACUCAAAUAAAACUAUGUUC